AUGGCCGCUGGCACCGAAAGUGGAGCAGCGAUUUUUAGCCACCGAAAUGGAGCGGGAACGGCAGCGGGGAGCGGCGGGGACGGCAGCGUGGUGGCAGCUGAGCGCUGUGCGGGAUCGGUGACACCGCGGCGGUUCCUCUCCAUCGCGCCGAUAUUUUGGAGCCGUCUCCCGGUUCCUCCCUGCCCGGGUGUCACCAUGCUUCCUCGCUGGGCGAAGCAUCCCUCGGGCGCUUCCCCUCGGCUGCGGGAGCAGGACAGAACCUCGGAGCCCGGGGACCGCAGGCUGACAUCGCUGCUCGUGGAUCCCGACAGGACCAGCGCCCACAUGAUCUCGGCCGACGAUGCCGAGUACCCGCGGGAGUACCGCACUUUGGGCAAUGGCACACGGCGCUUCUCCAACGUAGGGUUGGUGCACACCUCGGAGCGUCGGCACACCGUCAUCGCCGCCCAGAGCCUCGAGGCUCUCACCGGCCUCCAGAAAUCGGAGAUGGAACGUAAACGGGACGCCUUCAUGGAUCACCUGAAGAAUAAAUACCCGCAGCACGCGCUGGCGCUGCGCGGGCAGCAGGAGCGCAUGCGGGACCAGACCAGGAGCUCCCGGCACUCACAGGGCUCCCAGCCUGGCCUGGCUGACCAAGCCAAGCUCUCCUUCGCCUCGGCUGAAUCCCUGGAAACCAUGUCGGAAGCAGAGCUGCCCCUGGGCUUCAAUAGGAUGAACCGAUUUCGGCAGAGCCUGCCUCUGUCCCGCUCCACCAGCCAGACGAAGCUGCGUUCCCCAGGGGUCCUCUUCCUGCAGUUUGGGGAUGAGACGAGGCGUGUGCACAUCACCCACGAGAUCAGCAGCAUGGACACCCUGCAUGCCCUCAUCGUCCACAUGUUCCCCCAGAAGCUCACCAUGGGGAUGCUGAAGUCUCCCAACACGGCCAUCCUCAUCAAGGACGAGUCCCGCAAUGUCUUCUACGAGCUGGAAGAUGUCCGCGACAUCCAGGACAGAAGCAUCAUUAAAAUAUACCGAAAAGAGCCGCUCUAUGCCUCAUUCCCUGCCUCGCACAUCACCAACGGUGACCUGAGGCGGGAGAUGGUUUACACCUCCAGGGAAUCCUCUCCCACCCGCCGCCUGAACAACAUGUCCCCUGCCCCCCACCUGGCCUCAGGCUCCCCCCCACCCGUCCUGCAGUCCUCAUCCCCAUCCCGUUCCCGCAUGUCCUACAGUGGUGGCCGCCCACCCUCCUACGCCGGCAGCCCGGUGCACCACGGCGAGCGCCUGGCCAGCCUUCCCCCAGCACCCGGAGUCUCUCCCAGCCCCAGCGCCAUCCUGGAACGUCGCGACGUCAAACCCGACGAGGACAUGGCAGGGAAGAACAUGGUGCUGGUGAAGAACGAGGGACUGUACGCCGAUCCCUACGGCAUGGUGCACGAGGGGCGGCUCAGCAUCACCUCCACGCAGUCUCUGGCCGGCAUGGGGGACCCUUUUGGUUACUCGGGGGGGCUGUACAAGCGGGGCUCGGUGCGCUCGCUCAGCACUUAUUCGGCGGCCGCGCUGCAGACGGAGCUGGAGGACAGCCUGUACAAACCCAAUGCACAGAUCUACAGCGAUACCUACGGACCCGGCCUGGGCUUCCGCAUGCCCCCCUCCUCCCCGCAGAAGAUGGUGGAGGGGCAGAGCCCCCACAGCCCUUACUCGGGGCCACCCAGCCGCUCCUCACCCGUCCGCCAGUCCUUCCGCAAGGAUUCCUGCUCCUCUGUCUUCAUGGAGAGCCCAGUCAGCAAGCCACGCAACCCCAGUGCUGCAGGACCCCCCGAGCUGUUCCCUGGCCCUGGGGACCGUCCGCUCUCGGGGUUCAGCUCCCCAGUGCCAGCCAAGGACACGGAAACGAGGGAGAGGAUGGAGGCCAUGGAGAAGCAGAUCGCCAGCCUGACGGGGCUGGUGCAGAGUGCCCUGCUCCGUGGCUCCGAGGCUGAGACCCCCAGUGAGAAGACUGAAGCCACCAAUGGCGGGACUCCCCCAUCAGCGUCAACCAGCCGCAGCGGCAUGGGGACCCCAGUGCCUGCACCCCCCCCACCCUCCGCCACCAGCACGCCGGCAGGGCAGCCCACAGCCAUCACCCGCCUGCACAUGCAGCUGCACCUCCACGACCUGCAGCAGAACGCCAGCGACCUCCGCAACCAGCUGCAGCAGCUCAAGAAGCUGCAGCUGCAGAACCAGGAGACGGUGAAGACGAUGCUGCGGCGGACGGAGACGGAGAUCAGCGUGCGGGUGACGGACACCAUGCGCAAACACGAGGACCCGCUGCAGCGCCAGCGCAGCCUGGUGGAGGAGGAGAGGCUGCGGUACCUGAACGAGGAGGAGCUCAUCACCCAGCAACUGAAUGACCUGGAGAAGUCGGUGGAGAAGAUCCAGAAGGAUCUGACGCACAACCACCGCCUCAUCCCAGUGCAGGAGCUGGAGGAGAAGGCCGUGGUGCUCAAGCAGCUCGGGGAGACGCUGACAGACCUUAAGGCCCAGUUCCCCAGCCUGCAGAGCAAGAUGCGGGUGGUGCUGCGGGUGGAGGUGGAAGCUGUGAAGUUCCUCAAGGAGGAGCCGAACCGCCUCGACGGGCUGCUCAAACGCUGCAAGACAGUGACCGACACACUCACCCAGAUCCGCAGGCAAGUGGAUGAGGGCGUGUGGACCCCCCCCAACAACCUCAGCCAAUCCCCCAAGAAGAUGGCCCCCGAGACAGACUUCAGCAAAGGGCUGGAGCUGGAGAUGCCCCCGAGCCCCCCCGUGAGCCUCCACCACCUGACAGCUGGCACUGAACCCCUGGCCAUGCCCAGCUUUGGGCACAGCCCCCCCCAGACCCAGAGCCACCCCUCCAAGAGCAAUAACCCUUCCCGGGCUCCAGAGAUGGUGCCUGCCAAAACCCAGACGGGUCCUGAGACGCCCAGUAAGAAGAGCGCAGACAAAGCUGUGUCUGUGGAGGCUGCUGAGAGGGACUGGGAGGAGAAGCGGGCAGCACUGACCCAAUACAGUGCCAAGGACAUCAACCGCCUGCUGGAGGAGACACAGGCUGAGCUCAUGAAGGCCAUCCCCGACCUGGAGUUUGCUGCCAAGCACAAGCAGACCACGGGCAGCAGCAGCGCCGCAUCCACGCCAGAGCAUAAACCAUCCAAGCCUCAGCAUGCACAGAAAUCCACGGGGAAGGUGGAUCCCAAUGGCCGCAGAGGCUCAGAUGAGCUGACAGUGCCGCGGUACCGCACUGAGAAACCCUCCAAAUCACCACCUCCACCCCCACCCCGCCGGAGCUUCCCCUCAUCCCAUGGGUUGACCACCACCCGCAGCGGCGAAGUCAUCGUCACCAGCAAGAAGGAACCUGGCUUUAUGAAGAAAGCAGAAUCGGAAGAGCUGGAGACCCAGAAGCCACAGGUGAAGCUGAGACGGACGGUGUCAGAGGUGGUGAGACCUGCAUCCACUCCACCCAUCAUCGCCUCUGCCAUCAAAGAUGACGACGAUGAGGACCGCAUCAUCGCAGAGCUGGAGGUGUUUCAGAGAAGCUCUGCCUCCCCUUUCCUCCCCACGCUCCGUUACGAUCCUCUCGCGGCUGCCGUCUCCCCUGGGCACGCAGACAUGUGGCCCAAUGGAGCCUCCGUUGCAGCCGAAGGAUGGAAGAGUGGUGGCGUUUCCAUCCCACCCAUGAAGAUGGUGAACCCGGCAUCCAGGCUGAAGCAGAGCCAGCAGGGCAGCCCUGACAAAAGCAAGCACAUCAAGCAGAGGAUGGAAUACAUGAGGAUCCAGGGACAGCAGCAGGUAGCCUAUCUCUACAGCAGGUUCCCAGCAGCAGGGCCAGAUGCUGCUCCCCCUGCUCUGUGUGUUAUGGGGCGGGGGUUACUAUAGUGGGAUGCUGGGAUGGGGGGAUGCAGCCCUUUGUUGAGCAGAGGGUGCAGGAAGCACUUCUGUGCCACGCUGGGUGCUGCUGGCUGAGCCCAGCACCUGGAGAUGUGGUGAGGAGGGGGUGCUAUGGGUGGGGGCUGGAGCCCUGCAGUGCAUCCCUAUGCACCUGUGCCAGGAGGGGGGUGGUGGGAUGGGGUGGUGGGAUGGGGUGGGGGCCACAGCAGCUGGAAGAGGUGAGCUGUGGGAUGGGACUGUGCCUGCCCUCAGCCCAGCAUCGACCCCAUCCCCAUCCUUGUCACUGGGACUGAUUGCACUCUGGGUACCACAGCCCCAUCCUGCUCCUUCCUCCCCUCCCUCUCCUGUCCCAGGUCCCAGCACUGCCCCUCCCUGCACGCGGGCAGCACCGAGCCUUCCCCCAUCCUGUCCUCCUCCCCUCCCCACUCUGUGUCUCAAUCCCUUUCCCCGGGCCUGUCCUUGGCAAACCACCCAAUGAACCCCAUUUUGCUCAUUCUGUCCGAUCCAUAAAAAAAAGUGGAGGGGAAAAAAAAAAAAAAAAAAGCCAAACAGCCUUUCUCCCAGCUUCCUCAAUCUGCAACCAGGGCGAGCGAUGAGGAGGGGGGGAUUUUGAGCAAUUUGGGCAAAUGUCUCCUGAGCAAAACGGGUCCCUCCCUCCCCACUGACCCCAGUUGUGCAUGAGGGCUCAGCACUGGUGCCAUUUGUCACUGCUGUCACCAGGACACGGCUGGGGCAGGGGCACAGCUGCCCUCAAUGCAGCCCCACAUCACCCCCUGGUGCUCACAGCCAGGCUCCCCCUGGCAGCUUCAUGCAGCCCUGCUCCCCAGCAGCCCCCAGCCCCACAACCCAAAGCCACAGAGCUCUCAAUGACGCCACCAAACCCUUUGCCUGGAGGCUACAGAUGAACUCAGCUGUCCCCAUCUCACCUCGAUGGCAGCACCAUCAAACCCCCCUCCUCACCAGGACCCCCGGAUCCCCUUUCAUCCCCACCACCCUUUGCGCAGUGCCCACCCCCUACUUUACGGACCCCUUUCUGAGCCCCUUCCCAGUGCCAACCCCUCCGGCUGUUGCU